AUGACACUGGGAUUGUUCUUACAAUUACAGAGAUCUCCCUCCUCACCAUUUGCGGCGAAAUGCGACUCGUGCGACAUGCCAACAGAUGAUGAGGAAACUAACGGAGUCAUCAACCAUAUCCGUCCAUCGUCGCAGAGACAAUCGUCUCUCUCCCAUUCUCGGCUGAACGGUACUCCUCGGACGACCAACCGGGUGCGGUUCGACCUCGACGACCGUGCUGGCAGUCCUCAACCCGAAGAAUGGGUGGACGACGAUGAUUACCUUACCUCCCCAAGCCAGCGUGCUCCAUUGCUCACCAACGUAAAACCACCUUCUUCGUCGCCCUUUCUCUCAGAAUCCUUUCAGCCCGAGGACUAUUUACCCGAUGCCAGGCCCAAGAACGGGAUGCGAAGUGCUUUCAUGAAUAUGGCCAAUUCCAUCAUUGGUGCUGGGAUUAUUGGUCAAACAUACGCAUUUCGGCAAGCUGGAAUGACAAUGGGAAUAAUACUGUUGAUUACGCUGACCGGCACUGGUGCACCCGGCAGCCACAGUGCUCUCGGACUUACACCCGACGGGAAGAAAAAUACUGAUACUGCCAAAGGCAGCUCCGCACGAAACCUACUGGCGGCGAGGAGACUGCCACCGGUGGUGGUAAACAAUCAGAAGCCGGCGACACCAGCUCGCGAGCACCAGCCGGAAAUGAAGAGCUGA